AUGGGUAUCAGUAUGAGUAGGUUUUUCCAGAAAAGAAUCAUUGUGUGUAGGUUUAACAUUUUUCCAGAAGAGAUAAUGUUUGAAAUUUUGAGUCGUGUACCAGCUGAAUAUGUUAUAAACUGCAAAUCGGUAUGCAAACGUUGGAGAGAUCUUGUUCGUCAUCCAUCUUUUUCUCAAUUGCACUUCAAUAAUCUUGAUUUUGGUAAGUCAAGUUUCAUUUGCUUUGAUUAUGACAUGAAAGAAUUUUCUUAUGCCGAGUAUGAUGAGAAUUGUCUUAAGGAACCUUUAAGUAGAGAAACAAGGAUGAAUUUGAACCUUCCAAGUAAGGAUUAUGUUCCUGCUACUUCAUGUAAUGCUGGAUUUGGUUAUAGUCCUUCAACUAAUGAGUAUAAGGUCGUUAGGAUCUGUGACUCCAGAAGAGAUUCAAAAGUUGGGAAGAUUCAGGUACAUACUCUUGGCAGUGGGAGUGGAUGGAGAAAUGUGGGAACAAUGGACAUCGACAAGGAGUAUCAUAAAUAUACUGGUGCGUUUGUAGAUGAAGCUCUUCAUUGGGUGGACUCGGUAGGAACCAUUCUUAGGGGCAUGUGGAAUCAGGCUUCAGGCUCAUUCUGA